AUGCUCUUGCAUUUGUCGCCAACCCAACACUCUCUGAUGGCAUUACAUUCGCCGCGGCUUCUGUCACUCACACGAAGAGUCUUUUCUACUUCUUCUUCUUCCUUUCAAGGAGGGGUUUCUAUGGUUCAAGGAGCUUCCAGAGGAAUUGGCCUUGAAUUUGUAAAACAACUUCUAGAGAACGAUGUUAAUGAGCAUGUUAUUGCUACUUGCCGUAAUCCUAGAGCAUCAACUGGGCUUAUCCAUCUGAAAGAUAAAUUUUUGGAUCGACUUAGAAUUUUGCCAUUGGAUUUGACUAUUGAAAGUUUAAUCGAGGCAUCUGCAUUGUCAAUAAAAGAGACAUAUGGCCAUCUAAACCUUCUCAUUAAUGCGUCUGGCAUUCUUUCAAUACCUGAAGUAAUGCAUCCAGAAACAACAUUGAACAAAGUGGAGAAAUCAUCUUUAAUGCUUGCAUAUGAGGUUAACGCAGUGGGUCCUAUCUUAGUUAUCAAGCACAUGUGGCCUCUUCUAAAAGUAGGAGGUGGCCAUGGGACUGAAAGAAGCACUGCAGUUGUGGCUAGUUUGAGUGCAAGGGUUGCAUCCAUUGGGGACAAUCGUCUUGGGGGCUGGCACUCUUAUCGAUCUUCAAAGGCUGCUCUUAAUCAAUUAUCGAAGACUGUCUCCCUGGAAUUCGCCAGAAGGAAGGAUCCAAUUGCCUGCAUUUUACUGCAUCCUGGUACAGUUGACACAGAUCUCUCUAAGCCUUUUCAAAAAAAUAUUCCCCCAGAUAAGCUCUUCAGCAAAGAGUUCUCAGUCCAGAAGCUGCUAAGCAUCAUUAACAAUGUGAAGAGCCAUGACAAUGGCAAGUUCUUUGCCUGGGAUGGUCAAGAAAUACCCUGGUAA